UACCCAUGUCCUUCUUGCUCAUCUUGACCAUUGUAGCUGAGCCAGAGGGAAGUUAGAAGAGAGCAAGUGUUCUUCAGAAAAGAGAUAGAUGAUGCGUGCAAGAACAACAGUCAUGGUGCGGCUCUGCCUUGUGUGCCUUGCUCUCUUGCUGCUGACCCAAGAUGUCUACUCCAGGAAGAUCUCUGGGGCAGUAGUGCAGGAGGAGCAGAGCCAUGGUCGCGGCACAGCCACCACGGAACCGCGCGGCGAGGGAGGGAGCAGCGAAGGUGCCAAGAGGGGACAGCCUCAGCGUGAACCGACGAAAUGGGAGGAGAUCCACACGGAUUACAUCUACACCCAAGAUGUCAAAUACCCAUAAAAUAGCGAUCCCUUCUCGUGUCUAGAGAGGAAGGAUUAGUCUGGGAUUUCUCGUUCAGAUUUGAGCCAAAUCUUACACUAAUCCUUCUCCUUUUAUGUGAGAGAUUUGUUUAAUCAGUAGUAUGUGAUCAGUGUGAUCUAAUGUAUAAUUACUUGAGUUUAGCUUGGGUAGAUCCCCCUCUGAUUAGCUAGUAAAUUAUCAUGUAUAAUUACCAGUACUAUGUUGGUAAAUUUGAAAGGUGCAUAAAUGG